CUUUGCAACGACACUCCCGUAAGCACAGACGUGUCCGCGCCCCCCCGCACCCCCCCAUCCUCCACCGCGACCAGCCGGUCCCCCCGCCCGGCACGGCUCCGCAGCCGCACUGCCGCCCGCUCCCGCCCGCGGCUGCCACCGCGGCUCCGCCACCAACUUUCCGUGCGCGGCGGAACGGAGCGGAGCGGAGGGGAGCGGAGCGGAGCGGAGCAUCCCCCCGGCCCGGGGAUGGCCAUGCUGGGGCCGGCGGUGCGGCUGGCGCUGGGCGCGGGGGAGCUGGUGCCCGCGGCCGCGGGGCUGCCGGGGCGGCUGCUCGCUCUGCUCUGGCCGGCGCUGGCGCUGGCGGCGGCGGCUCUGCUGGUCCUGCGGGGGCUGCGACGCGGACGGGCCGGGCCGGGGCCCCGCCGCCACCGCCGCGCCGCCGGGGACGCGCAGGAGGAGGAAGAGAAGGAGGAGGAUGAGGAUGGGGAUGGGGAUGGCCCCGCGGGGGCCGGCGGCCGGGCGGCCGGGGCGCUGCCGGCGCGGCGAGCAGAGGAACAAAGGCGCCCAGCGCAGGUUCCAGUGAAUGGCCAGCUUAUGACAUCAGCUAACUUCGGAGAGAAAAAGCUCCUGAAGCCUAAGAAGAAGAGGAAAGCCCAGUGCUCAGACAAGGAGCUGCCAAAAGAUCUGCUUUCUGUGGAAAAAGACAAACUGCAAGAGGAGGAAGGAGUUUGGCAGACCAAGAUCAGCAGCCGAGAAAAGAGACACUUAAGGAAGGAGAGGCUGAAACAAAAAGACCCCAGCAGAGCAUCCAUGGGUAGCUCAGCAGUUGAACCAGCCUUUGACUGGGAUGAGAACGGAACAGUGUGGCCACUCACAGAGGACACUGGUUGCAGUGGAAGAGGUGCUCUCAUUGCCAAGGCAGAGUGUGGGACCACGCUGAAGGCCCCAGGAGCCCUACGGGAAGAAUCCGUGCCCUCCCAGUCAGAAGAGGAUGUUUUCUCCAAUGUAGGAACAUGGGAUAUUGCAGAAGUAAAAUCCUGUCCUGUGACCUUUGGGACAUUAUCAGAGUUCUCCAGGGAGUUAGAUAACAUGAAGCAUAAAUCAUCUGAGGACAGUCCUUCCAGAUGCAGUUGGCACAUCAGCUCGACUUUCCUCCCCGCAGACGAUGUAUGGCAGGGGCAGGAUGAUCCUUCAGCCAUUGACCCAGACUCUGACUGGAAGGCUCCCACGGAAGAGUGGGGAAACUGGACAGGAGAUGAGGAGCAUCAGACAGGGGCCGAGAAGGAGAAGGAUUUGCCAAAAGGCAAAGCAGGCAUCCAUUUCUGCCUUUCUGGACUUGAAAGCAAAACGCAGUGGAAGAAGAAGAAAAUUGAAGUGAGGGAAGCAAAGGGUGGAGCUGGACUGAGCCCCAGCAAGGUUUGGAAACAAGAACAGAAGGCGGCUCAAGGGACUUGGUAUCUACAAAACACAGAAGUGAUGCAGUCUGUGCUUCCUUCAAAAAAUCCUUGGAUGUUGCUAAUAACUCACCCAAUAAUGGUGUACCUGGAAAAAAAGAGAGGAGGAAGAGGAAGAAAAUGAAGAAAGAGACUUGAGAAAGCUGUGUGGCUGCCAGAGUGACAUCCCGACAGGGCAGGCGUGCCGAUGAGAUGCAAGGAUUCUGCUUUCUGCGCUGUCGCGCUGAGCCCAGUGUGAGGAGAGGCUCUAGGAGACCUCCCAGCGAGAGGGAGAGGAGAAGAGGAGCAGGGAGCCAGAGUGUGAGUGUGUGAGAGGACAGAGAGGAUGCUGAGCACCAGAGGUGGCGUUGAAAUGGAGCAGCUGUUCGUUAACAAACUGCUGCCCUUCAUUAAAAGCUGUUGAAUGGGGUUUGACUGGUUGCAUUAGGUACUUUCGGUUUUUCACUGUCACGUUGUUUGUCAACUUGUAAUGUUCUAUGCCAUUGUAGAAAUGGUCGGGACGCACCUGACUGUGGUUGUACUUUAGUCCCCUGGAGGAUCCACCAGUGGGUCUGGUCUCCUCUGGCAUUUUUGCAGAGGUGCUUAUCAAGAGGCUACUAAUGUACAGAAGGAAGCACUGUUCAGAGACAAAGGGAGAGUAACAUGGAUUGUUCUCAAACCUCCUAAACCUUUUAAAUCCUUGUUGGCUGCUACAGUCAGACUUUUGCCUCUUACCUUGACGUGUUUAUACUUUUCACCCCACAUCAGGCUAGUUUGCUCCACAAGGGAAAAUUUCUAAAGGAGGUUUUAAGCUUAUUUGGAAAGGUGGUCAAAACCCUUUGUUUCUCCUUGGAUCCCAUGGUGGGCUAAGGUUUUAAGUCUGUAUUUCCAAAGCAUGUUGCAUUUUUACCUAUAGUAGACCGAAGUAACUUUUAAAAAUAAUUUUUCUUAAUCUAAUGUUUGGAAGUUUUUAUCAUUUUGUUAUUUAAGUAUUCUAAUAUAAGCUAAAUUUGUGAAUGAAAUUUUUUAAAAUGUCAUUUUAGCAUUUACUGAAGAAUGUGUAUUUCUUGUUGUCAGAGGGCUUAUAGUGUGGAGGAGAAAGUGUGUUACAGUUGAAUAUUGCGGUUUAUAAGCAGCACCAAGCUGACACCACGAAAAGCUGAAGCCCUUUAUCCCUAGAGGAGCUGCAGCUCUGGUGAUAGCUGUGAGGGUUUAUUCAGAUGGCCCUGAGACUGUGCCUCCACCUGACCCGUUCUGGAAGUGCUGCAUUAAAGGAUGACGUAGCGAUUGUCAAAUCUCUGUUUGCAUUCGACUUUGUGCCUUUGGAGAUUGUGUGUGACAAUUACCUUACUAAUGCAUGUUAAAUGUAAGCACGUUUGUAGGCAUUGGGCUGAUGCUGCUUGUCUGAACUUUACCUGUAGCACAACCUGCAUCUCUUGCAUUGCUGUCAGAGCAGCUGUAUCCUUCAGAGAAGCAAUUAAUUGCACCAACAUAUUUGUGUUUGGAGUUUAGCCACUGUGUGUUAAAGGGUAGUUCUCUUGUGCUGUGGUUUUGGGGUAGCUAGUUGUACGGUGUACCCUGAAAUUCAGCACAGCGGGAUUGUUUCAGACAGGCAGGUGAAGGGUAAACUUAAGUGACGCCACUUACCAGCCCACUGUCUAGAAUCUGCACAUCUUGGUGUUUGUGUCUCAGUGUGGGGGAAAUACAGGCAGUUUAUGAAUGGACCGAAUAGACCAAAUGGCUUUUAUCUGGAAAGUAACUGGUUUGGAGCAGAUGCAUAAUAAAAAAAAUAAAUACAUGGCCUCACUGGAGAAACCUGUACAGCAAGUUCAAGGAUUUUGAAAGUAUGUUAAUGAGUAUGUGGGUAAUGAGUGAAGUUCUGCUAUCUCUGAAGCCAAUGGAAAACAGUCAUUGACCUCAUUGGGGCCAGAUGUUGCCCAAGGUCUUUGUUUAACAUUGAAGAUAACCUCUGUCAUCCAAAACAAAAAGAUGGAGAUAAAGAGAAGCUCACAAGAUUGGUAGACUCCAGAUUUCUUCUGCUUUUUUUCCUCGAUAUCUGCUUGCAAACUUUUUGAUGUCUGUGUAAUUAUGUUUUACUUCAACAUGUUAUUGUAUUUCAAAUGUUCAUUGUUUUUAUAAUAAUAAAUCAAAACUUUUGCCCAAA